AUGGCAGCCAUCGGUCCACUCCUCUGGGAGGACGAUUCUUUCGCAGGCCUACACGCCAAUCCUCUCGCACUGCAAAUGCAACUAUAUCAGCAUUACUACAACAGAGGAUACAUUGGCGGCUGGAACGACAAUACUCGACAGCAACUUAUUCUGCAGUUACUGUUCGGGCAAGGACGCCGGCGGCGCAUCCGGAGGCGAUACUCAACCAAUGAGAUAGCGUGGAUGAUGAUGAUGUCCGGAGGAGGAGGCGGUGGCGGCGGCGGCGGAUUUGGGGAUGGGUUCGGCGGGGGCUUCGCUCCAUUCGCUGGUCUCCUGGGUGGAGGCGCGGGUGGUGUCCUAGGAGCUGUCAUGGGACCUCAGCUGGGCGCGCAACACAUGCUCAUCAACCAGCCCCGUCUAUGGUACCCAGACCAGCCGCGUCUAUGGUACCCAGACCAGCCGCGCCUCUGGUACCCGUAA